AUGGCAUUUGGAAGUUGGGAACAAUCAUACAGUUACCUGCCUAUAUGGUUCACAACUGCUCAACACUUUGUACCAGGUACUAUAGUAAAAUACAAAACUUCAUCUUCAAUGGAGGAAGGUGAUGAUAACCCUCCUAGGGUGAUUCUUAACUGUGUAUUUUGGGCGUUUAAUCCAUGCAUUGAAGGCUUCAAAUAUUGCAAGCCACUUGUGCAAGUAGAUGAGACAUUUUUAACUGGCAAAUACCAGGGUACUUUGUUGACUGCCAUCAGACAAGAUGGUAGUAGGAACAAUUUUCCACUUGCUUUUGCAAUUGUUAAGAGCGAGACUAAAGAAGCUUGGAUGUGGUUCUUGCAUUAUUUGUGA